UCCCUACAUGCUGUAGAAUUUGGAGCGGAGGAGCGAAAGACCUUGGAGGGUCUCACCCAACAAAACAAACUACAAAUGGGCCCCGUCGCCUAGCGUUUACUCGACCAAGCCUUGCUUCUGGUGCUUUACCAACAUCAGCACUCACCAAAAAUAAAAGGUCUUCCAUCUUUCCAUCUUGCACGCAGUUGACACUUAGAGGACGGGGAAAAUGGCAGCAAUUCCAUCAAGCGGUUCCCUUAUCGCCACCCACGAUUACUACCGAAGGCGCAUCGGAUCUACAUCUAGCAACAGUUCCUGUGGCAGUUCGGAGUACACUGGGGAGGUCAUUCCACACCCACCAGGUCUGGCACGACAGGACUCUGGCCACUGGUGGUCCAGUUUCUUCUUUGGGAAGCAGAAUCAAAUGGGGACACCCAAUGGAUUUGAAUCCCAGCAGAAGGCUGGCACCUACACAGUGACAAAUGGUCAGAUAACCUGCGUUGCCCGGGAGAUUGUGAUGAAGAGACAAAUGAGCGAGAGCAGUGACUCCGGAAAGGAGCCUGGAUCCCCCCUCCCCUCUUAAACCACCCCGACCCAAUUCCACAUCCUUCACCCAGGAGUCACCGCAGGCAGAAGCAGGCGACGGAGGCUCCAUUUUUUUUAUUUUUUAGUAAAAACUGGCUGCUUUUUAUGUCAUGCUAUAUAGUGCUCUUUUUUUUAUCUAUGACCAAAUCAAAGUUGUAAAACUAAAUGGCAAAAAAAAAAAAAAAAAAAGCUUUCCAUUUGACUUGAGUAUUUUCGUCACUGUAUCACUGGGUGCACUUUGCAAUUAUAUUGUAUUUGCUAUAAAUAAAUGACUAAUUGCAGCCCAAA